AUGUGGAAGUUAUAUUACCAGGUCAACAAGUCAGGUCUUACGGACAAAUUCAAAACAGAGCGAAAGAAGACCAAGAAAGAAGAGAAUAUGUCUCUUUGGCAGAUAAUAGCUCGGUUCAUGGCAGAAAUUGAUAUUGUUGGCAGCAUCUUGUUGGUGGCUGGUCUUUAUCUCAUCCUCCUGCCUCUUGUGCUUGCUCUUCCUUCAUGGGGCGGUUGGACUAGCCCUACUACGCUUGCUACACUUUGUUCAGUGUCUCGCAAGUUCUCUGCUGCUACAGCCUUCAUGAUCGGUCGAGGCUACAACAUUGCUUAUAUCGUGUGUGAGGCGCUUGUGGGCUAUGUGAUGAAACGUUUCCGCGUCUGGAGGCCAUUCGUCUCGAGUGGUGUUGCCUUGACUAUGCUGGAUGUUGGCCUCAUGAUUCCCGCUCGUCAACCCUCCUCUUCUACCGCCUUCCUUGUUAUCUCUCAAACCAUUGCGGGCAUGGGAUUUGGCUUCCUCUAUACACGCCUAUGCUGGUAG